CUCAAAUGCCUGUCUGAAAAUACUAUAUCUUGAUUACAGAGGUGGAGUCAUCUAGUGAAAAUCAUCCACCCAACCUGGUUUAAUGACCCGGUUUGGACCAGACGUUCGUCCUCUUGACUCAAAGAGGUUGGGUGCUGCGACAACAAUUAAAAAAGGGCCAUGUCAAUGGGCGCGACUAUUUCCAUGGAAAGGGCAACACAAGGCGUCGUCUUCUCCAAAGGAAAUUUCAUCAACGACGGAUGUUCCAAGUGCAUCCACAAAUGCUGGACCAGAAGUAGAGAACCCAAACCCGCGCGAUCAAGCAGCGAUUCCAUCUAAGGGUUUAGCGUCGCGAGAAACGCCGUCAUCUGGGCCGGCCAAGGAGACUUUAACAACACGAGGUGCUCCAAGUCCAAAGGAAUCAACCAAUGCUGCUGGACCAGCAGCUGCUGCAGCAGUGGAGAACCCAAACCCGCGCGAUCAAGUGGCGAUUCUAAUUGAGGAUAAGAUGCGAAGAACGCCGCCGUUUUCGCCAGAUUGUGCUAUUUACCAAGUCCCCGAGAGAUUUCGCAAUGGAAAUGAACAACACUACAAACCCCGGGUGGUCCCAAUCGGACCCUAUCACUCCUACCACGGAAGUUUCCCACAAAUGCAAAGCUAUAAGCUCAAAUACAUAGAGGCCUUCACCAGCCGAAACGAGCUCGGAUUCAUAGACCAAUGCCUUAGCUUUGUGAGAAGUUGCGAGAUAAAAGCCAGGAGAUAUUAUGUCGAGCCCAUUGACCUAAGCAGUGAUGACUUCGCCGAGCUGAUGCUGGUGGACGCAAUUUUUGUCUUGGAGCUUAUGCUUAGGCAUCAGUAUGCCCAAUAUAUAGACGACAGCGAUCGAAUAUAUCAUAAGCCGCGGAUGAUAAUAGAUGUUUUCCUUGAUGUCGUGUUGUUGAUCGAGAACCAAAUUCCCUUCUUUCUUCUUGAGGGUUUGUAUGACCUUGUUGAUAGCAGCUACAAAGGAAAUCUCAGCUUCUUUGUGGAUCUUACGCAUGAGUUCUUGAAGGGUUACGUCAAAAUCGAUGAGUUUGGUGCUGAUCAUGCACCUGUGCCUCAAGUUAACCAUGGAGUGAAGCAUUUUAUUGAUUUUAUACGAUACUACUACUUGCCCAUGUCGCCUGUGGAGGGUGAAAAUCCCAAUAGUCAUCCUAGGGUUGAAGAAAUCCCACCAAGCAUGACAGUGCUAGACGAUGCCGGGGUUCAGUUUGUGACAAGAACAACAACCUUCUUAGUUGACAUACAAUUCAACAACGGAAGUCUCAUAAUUCCGAAUUUUAGAGUUGACGAUUGGACGGAAACUCUCUUCAGGAACCUCAUCGCCUUUGAACAGUGCCACGAUCACCAAAUGAAGUACAUUUCGCAAUUUAUGUUCCUCAUGGGGGGCAUGAUCAAGACUUCAAAGGACGUGGACUUGCUCAUUGAACAUGGAAUUAUAUCUAGUACGCUGGGGAGUAACGAUGAUCUGUCCGCUCUAUUUAACCGCAUUGGCCAAGGGGUUGCAGUCAAUUCGCAAACUUAUCGUUACCUUAUCCUUUCCCAAAGACUCAAUGCCUACUGCAAGGCUCCUUGGCACAGAUGGAAAGCAAUUCUGAAGCGCGACUAUUUCAACACUCCAUGGAAACUUGCUUCUACUAUUGCUGCAAUUAUACUCCUUGUGCUCACACUCAUCCAAACCAUAUGCUCUAUCUUAUCCCUCUAAGAGGAGACAUUACAGAUCGACAACCAAGAACAAUCUUUUCACCAUACUCAUUAAGUUUCAUCCUCAUAAGCACUCAUUGUUUAUGAAUCUCCAUAUAUAACAACAAAGUGUUUUAGUUCCAUUUAUGUUUA